AGCCGACUGGAGCGGAGAGAACCUGCGUCGGUAGCCGCCGCUGCUGAGCCCCGGCAGCGACCAGCCUUUCCUCGGACUGGAAGUUUAGCUAGCGAGCUAACUAGCUGCCCUAGUCGUACUUAUUACAGGAGCAACGAACUGUGCUUUCGGCAAUUCUGGACGACUGAAUUAACUAGUUGCUUUAGUUGCAAUUUAAAAUGUCUAUAUUACCGUUCACUCCUCCGAUUGUGAAGAGGCUCCUGGGCUGGAAGAAAGGAGAGCAGAACGGGCAGGAGGAGAAAUGGUGCGAAAAGGCUGUGAAAAGUCUGGUGAAGAAGUUAAAAAGAACGGGACAGCUGGAUGAGUUGGAAAAGGCCAUCACAACACAGAAUGUCAACACGAAAUGCAUAACCAUACCCAGGUCUUUAGAUGGACGUCUGCAGGUGUCCCACAGAAAAGGUCUUCCUCACGUGAUCUACUGCCGCUUGUGGCGCUGGCCAGACCUCCAGUCUCAUCACGAGCUGAGGGCUGUCGACCACUGUGAAUUUGCCUUUCACACAAAGAAGGAUGAAGUGUGUGUCAACCCCUACCACUACCAGAGGGUGGAGACACCAAUUUUGCCUCCAGUCCUAGUGCCACGACAUACAGAUAUCCCCGCUGAGUUCCCACCACUGGAUGACUACAGCCCAUCCAUCCCUGAAAACACCAAUUUCCCUGCUGGCAUUGAGCCCCAGAGUAACUAUAUUCCUGAAACUCCUCCACCAGGGUACCUGAGUGAGGAUGGCGAGACAAAUGAUCAUCAGCUCAACCACAGCAUGGACACUGGUUCACCCAGCCUGUCGCCCAAUCCGGUGUCACCCGCAAACAGCAAUCUUGACUUGCAACCCGUGACGUACUGCGAAUCUGCCUUCUGGUGCUCUAUCUCCUACUAUGAGCUGAACCAGCGUGUAGGAGAGACCUUCCAUGCGUCCCAGCCCUCCCUCACAGUCGAUGGAUUCACAGACCCCUCCAACUCUGAACGCUUCUGUCUGGGCUUACUUUCCAACGUCAACCGCAACUCAGCAGUAGAGCUCACACGCAGACACAUAGGACGGGGCGUGAGGUUGUACUACAUUGGGGGAGAAGUGUUUGCAGAGUGUCUCAGUGACAGUGCCAUCUUCGUUCAAAGUCCCAACUGCAACCAGCGCUAUGGCUGGCAUCCUGCCACUGUGUGCAAAAUACCUCCAGGUUGCAACCUUAAGAUCUUCAACAACCAGGAGUUUGCAGCGCUGCUCGCCCAGUCUGUCAACCAGGGCUUUGAAGCUGUCUACCAGCUGACCAGGAUGUGUACCAUCCGCAUGAGUUUUGUUAAGGGUUGGGGAGCUGAGUACAGGCGUCAGACAGUGACCAGCACCCCCUGCUGGAUAGAGCUUCAUCUCAACGGUCCCCUGCAGUGGCUGGACAAGGUCCUCACACAGAUGGGCUCUCCCAGCAUCCACUGUUCUAGUGUUUCAUAGGAGCACCACUUGCAUCCCAGCAACCCUUCUUCCCAUCCACGCACUUAAACACCAAUCAUAUAGGAAAACUCAAGCAUUUCUCAGUAAUAAUAAGGAAAAAAACACCAUUAAUCAAACCAUUCGAGCACCUUUUCCUCGCCGUCUGACCUUUUCAUCACAUGUAUAGCACUUUCUUUAGAAACAUUUUGUGUCUCCAUUUAAUUUUUGUUUUAGGUUCCUGUACGUUCUUUAGUUUUAAUGUAUUCAGCAGACAGCCACAUGGUAUUAACAGUAGAUUUCAGAAGAAGAAAAGAAAAAUCAGUUCUCUUCAUUAUUCAUUCAGAUGUUAUUUCACUGCUUAGUGUUGUAGUUUUUUUUUUAUUUAAUUAAGAAGAUUGAAAUGUUUGUUUCCCAAGUUGAAGCUAUGGAACAACUUCAGCUUGGCCAUCUUCUACACGUUUCAAAACAUUUUUGAUUCUAUGAAUUAACUAAGAUUAUGAAUACGCUUCCAUCGUUGUCGUUUCAGUGUCCCAGCACCACUCUUUGUAAUCACUGAAUUGGGAGGCUUAUUUAUCAAUUGAACCAUGAAUUUACAUGAAAAAUAUCAUUCGCUGUAGUGAUUUCAUAUAUUUAAUUAAUAUUUUAAGUACAAGGUACUUUGUCCAUAUUGAUUUAUCUGCAUUAAUGAAAAUGUCGAUUAUCUGAUUGAUCAUUUAAUUGGUAUUUUAUCUAUUUUAAGAGAAAAAAAAAAAAGACAGCCCCAUUGUUUCUGGAAAAGAACCCUUGUAUCAAAACUAUUUUGCUCAGUGAAAGAGACAUUUUAUAAGUUAUUUUUGCAUAUUGUCCUGCAUGGGAAUAUAUUUUUAUUAUUGCCUCAAUAUGAUUGUACAUAAAUAUUUAUAGCUUGUGAUUUCUCGUAGUCAUGCAUUGCUUAUAACAGCGGACCCGACUGACCUCUGGCAUGGGUGGAUUCACAAUGACACUUUGCUUUAAUGACCCAAAACUUGGCCUGCCUAAGUACGAGCUUUUCUAACCGGGGUCAGCUAGUUGUUACGUGUGACACACAGGAUUACUGUACCAGCUAUUACAGUUAUUUUAUAAUUAGGGACUGAAAUACAUUAUGUGUCAACAUAGUGGACCGAGUGAAUUUAGGCACCAUGUGACUUCAGCGUGAAGGCUACUACGAACAAGACUGUGCUUCAUCCAUUGAUGGCAUGUGGAGUGAAAACAAAAAUGCAGGUUUUCUCACGUAUUACAAACUGUUAAUCAUAGUACACUAAGCUCCUUGUGGGUAAAUGAUGCACUUCCAGUUUACUGUGUUGAUCAGUGUAAAGCUUUAGUUCUAGUGGUAAUUUGCUUGUCCAAUAAAUACUGUAUAUUACAUGUACAUUGCUAUGAUAUAAGGCAUGUGUAAUAUGCUCACUGUCCUUGGUCACCGUCUUUGAAGCCACCAUGUUAAUCCUGCACUCACUUACAGUACAUAAGUCUGAGUCACCAUGUAAUCUAUUUAAAACAGUUACACGGUGCUACACUAAAACACUGUGUACUACAGCCGUUAGGUAGUUGGUAGAUCUGUAUCAGUACUUGUGAUAUUCUUAGUUGGUGGUUUUCUUUUUCCAAGUCUUACGUACAUGUUUUUUCAUGUAGCCUAAUAUUUGUUCUCCAAUGACCAUUGUUUUAUCCGUGAAAUUUUAUUAAAUUGCAACAGAGAAAAAAAA